AUGAGGAACAUUCUAGGCUUUCUCACCUCACAAGUGAAGGAAUGUGAUUAUGAAGCAAAAAUUUACCGAAGUCCCACAGCUCGCAAGUCCCACAUUGCCCAUGGAGACUUCACCAGGCAUCUUCACAGAACUGCCUCUUUCAGGACUCAGGUCAUUGUCAAUUCAAUUCCUUUGGACCUCACACUUGGUUUAGGACCCCUUUCUCAGGCCCUCUUGGAAAAGGCUGGGCCAAGGCUCCAGGAGAAGUUGAAGGCUGCUGGACAAAAGGGCAUUCUUGUGGGCACUGUUGUCUCAACCAGUGGUUGUGAUCUGCCUAGCCACAAGGUUUUUCACGUGGUGGCUCCAACAUGGAAAAGUAACAAUGCACAAAAGGUUCUAGGCAAGAUGCAUAAGGAUGUGCCUUGUGCUUUUCAGAUCAUGGAAGACAUAAUUGGAAAAUGUUUGAAGAAAACUGAGAAAUUGUCCCUAACAUCAAUUGGAUUUCCAGCAAUUUGAAAUGGAAAUUUGGGAUUUCCUAAAACUGUAUUUGCUAAAUUAAUCGUUUCAGAAGUACUGAAAUUUAGCAGCAGGUAUCAGCCAAAAUACUUACAAGAAGUUCAGUUUCUGUUGCAUCCAACAGAUCAUAAAAAUAUUCAGUGUCCAGAUGUCUCAUCAAUGGUUGAUUUUGUCGUAGGAGCUUCAUGUUUGUAUCUGAAUAAAAUGUCCCACAUGUCAUCAUGGAGGUUUCUAUGGGCUGUUUCCAGCCCUAAUGCAGGAAUGUAUGAAAUAAAGAUUGGCCCUGUCUUCUUCCAGGUGGCUUGUGGAGACAUCAUCAAAGAAGAUGCAGAUGUAAUAGUAAAUCCAACCUCAAAUACAUUUAAUUCACAAAGCGGUGUCUCCUAAGCCAUUUUAGAAGGAGCAGGAAAACAUAUAGAAAUGGAAUGUUCCUUCAGUAAACCACAAUGGGUAUAUAAUGAUGGAGGAUCAUUGAAGUGCAAGAAUAUUAUCCAUGUUGCUGGUGAAAACAAUGUCAAGAGAUCCAUUUCCUGUGUGUUGCAAGAAUGUGAAAACCGAAAUUACUCAUCCAUUUACUUUCCAGCCAUUGGGACAGGAUUGCCCUUCUUCAUCAGAAGUGUGCAGUCUCAGGGUGAAUGGGAAUGGGUAGGCUUGGUUCCAAUCGAAAGAAUCCAGAAUACAGAUCUCUGGAAUAUCUACCAGGCAAAGCAAAAUGCCAUGGAUACCAAAAAUGGCCACAAACAGAAUGAGAGGCAGCUCUUCCAUGGGACAGAAGCUGGCUCUGCACAUGUCAAUAAAAAUGGCUUUAACUGCAACUAUGUGGGGAAGAAUGCUGUGUUUUAUGGAAAGGGAACCUAUUUUUCUGUCAGUGCUGAUUAUUCUGCACAGGACACAUAUGCCAGACCAGAUGCAAAUGGGAAAAAGCACAUGUAUUAUGUUCGCAUCCUCACUGGAGAAUAUGCACGUGAAUCAGUCAUACAGCCUCCUGCAAAGAACCCUCAAAAUCCUACUCACCUUUAUGACACUGUUGUAGAUAACAUUCAAAAUCCAAGCUUAUUUGUAAUAUUUUAUGACUACCAAGCAUACCCUGAGUAUCUUAUUACCUUCAGACGAUAG